GGCUCAUGGAAGAUCCUGAACGGAAACGAAACGGCGACACUGCUGGGCUGGUGGAUUUGGACACAGUGGAGGAAACGAAACCCCACUAAGGAUCUCUCAAAGGUCUACAUGGUCUCAAGCACAGUGUCCUCGAAAAUUCUCCGCUCAAUCGCUCAGAAGGAAGGCUUCAACUUUGAGGAGACUCUAACUGGGUUCAAAUGGAUCGCCAACAAGGCUUAUGAUCUUAUGACCAAAAACCCCGGCACGGAAGUAAUAUUUGCCUUCGAAGAGGCCAUCGGGUUCAUGUCCGGAACUACCGUACUCGACAAGGAUGGCAUCGGUGCCCUGGCUGCUGUCUGUGAAAUGACCUCUCAUCUGUACGCUCAGAAGUCUUCGUUGGUGCAGCAAUUGGAGAAAGUUUUUGACACUAAUAUCGACUUUGCCGUUGGCUACACGAAGGCCUGGGGACACUUUAUAGGAAGGGCUGAUUUCGGGCCAUUGUCAGUUCAUGUCUAUUCAAUGAGAAGAUGGCGAAAAACUAAGGACGAGUUCCAACUGAGUACCCUUAUUCCACGCUUUUUUCUUGUCCUCAAGCGUACUGUUUAA